AUGAUGGCCAAUAUCCUGGCAGACGUUGUCUUGGUCUUCCGGUGCUAUGCACUUUGGGACUCCCGGAGGAGUGUGAUAAUCGUCCCAACCAUUGCUUGUGUUUUAUCCAAUGGAAUAGGUAUAGUCUCAAUGGCCAUAGCGAUUUCUUCAGGCUUGAGCUUGAACCCGGGCUCCACGCUCGCUAAAUGGGGAAGCCAGGCAGUAUAUCUCGAGGAUGUAUACUACGUCGUGAACGCGUUGAUUAACGUCGUUUUAACGUCGAUGGUCGCCAGGAAAAUUUGGUUGUCGGGCGCUCAUUGCCGACAUUAUUCUACUGCCGGACAAUCAUUGAAGAAACGAUAUACAUCGAUCUCUUCGAUAAUCUUACAGUCAGGACUAAUUUACCCGCUUGUCCUAUUCAUAUCCGUCCCUUUCACUCUUUUUCCUUCGUUAGUGGGGUGGGAUGUAUAUCCUCUGUUGAUUCAGGUCGCGGGAAUCUGUCCUACUUUGAUGAUCGUUCGAGUUGGGCUUGGACUGGGUGGCGUGGUCACAGGGAACACCAGUGGUAGUUUUACUUUGAAAGUUAGUGGGGCUGACGAGUAG